AUGAACAUAAAUCCUGAAGAAUUGGGCAACUAUUUGGAAGGAGACAUCAUGAUUGCAAAAAGCCUCACACGAAACGGUGUGAAAGAUGAAAGUCUUCGUUGGUCUAAUGGCGUUAUUCCUUACGUAAUCAUGGGUAAUUUCGAUUACGAACAGUUGAAUCUUAUACAUGAAGCAAUAAAAGAGUAUGAAAAGUAUACAUGUAUCCAGCUUAGACCGAGAACAGACGAAGAGGAUUACGUCAAAUUUGUUAGUUAUAAUACUGGAUGCUGGAGCUACGUUGGCAAGAUUGGUGGUGAACAAUCAAUAAACUUACAAAUUCCUGGUUGUGUAACGAAAAAGGGUACUGUAAUACAUGAGAUCAUGCAUGCUACUGGCUUUUGGCACGAGCAUACUAGAGAUGACCGAGAUGAUUACGUGACUAUCAACUGGGAUAAUAUUGAAGAAUCAAGCACGCGUAAUUUUGUCAAACUUUCUCCAAAUAUCAUCCAAGAUUACGACAUCCCUUAUGAUUACAACAGCGUGAUGCAUUAUUCAGCUUACGCAUUUGCCAAAAACCCUAUUAUAAAAACUAUCAUUCCCAAAGUAAGUGAUAAUAAUCCGUCAGCAAAAAUCGGUCAGAGAGACAGACUUAGCGAAUCAGACUAUCAGAAAAUUAACAAAAUGUAUAACUGCAAUGUGUGUAUAGUAUAA